CCAUUCAAUCCCUUCUAUUAUAGAAAAAAAAAUUUUUUUUGAUAUAUUUAUAUUACUUUUGAUUCGAAUUUUAAAAAAAAAAUGUCGAGACAGAGACCAACUGAAGGUGAAGGUGGGAGAUAUUCAUAUGAUAAUAGUAAAUAUGGUGAUGAAGAACAACUUGUGCAAUCGUAUCCUCAACAAGAAUAUCUUCAGCAGCAGCAAUAUUCACAAUAUCAACAAUAUCCACAGCAACCACCUCGACAACCCUCACCUCGACAAUAUCCUCAUCAACCAUCAAGUGUUACACCUUUUCAACAAUCCUUACCACCUACUCCACCUCAAAAAUUUUCGAAUAAUAAUUCAUUUCUUGAUGAUAAUGAAUCAUAUACGGAUGAAGAAGGUACAGGAAAAAGUCAUGUACAUAAAGAUGGAUGGUUAUUUAGACCACCUGAAAAUGGACACCUUAUAACCAAAGGUGAAAUAAUUAGCAGAAUUGUUCAAUAUUAUGAGAUGUUCGCGGUAAAUGUAUUUUUAUUAGGAUAUAAUGUAUUAAAAGAUGCAAAAUUAGGAGUGGAAGGGACUACUGAAAAAAAUUUUUUAGUGGACGCAUGUGGAGAUAGGUUUCAUAUUGAGCAAUUUGAUUAUUGUGCGGCGUCAAGAUUAUUUUGGGGAUUAAUCGGAGGAGCAAUAAUAUAUUUCAUAUUUACAUCAAUAGUAGCAUUUGCACUUUCAAUUGAAUUAAGACGUAAAGGAUAUUACUCUUCAUUUACGGCUUUAUGGCAUUCACCAGCAUUUUUAUUAUGUUUUUUUCAUCCACAAGAAAAAAGAGUUGAUAUUUUAAGCAUACCUAAUAAAUUCGUAGGGUUAAGUUUAUGGACUAGAAGUCAUGUACAUAGAAUUAGUUUAGCCAUUUAUUGUGCCAUUUGUUCCAUUUUAAUUCUAGUUUCUUUAAAUAAAGGAACUGCUGAGACUGCCACAAUCGAAGGUGAAGGUUUAGAUAAGGGAAUACAUAGAUACUAUAAUCCAUAUUUAAUUCCUUAUUAUUUGGCAUUAUAUAUUUUUUCAAAAACGCUUGUAAAUAUGUUGCUUACAAUUAUUCAAGAUAAAGAUAUUAGGAAUAAACCAGAACGUAUAGGUCGACAUUAUCUUGCUAUCAAAGGUGAAAAGAUCAACAAAUGAUCAUGUGGAAAAAACAAAAAUGAAAAUGACAAUAUAUAUAUUAUACUGUAUGUAAAAGAAGUGAAAAGGAUUUUAUGAAAGAAGUUUUAUGAAAGAAAAAAAGAAUAUAAUUCUUUCUAUUUACUUAUUUAUUUAUUUAUUACUUAUUUUAAUUUGAUUUUGAAAAAAAAAAGAUUUGUGAAACUUUAAAAUGUAUAUAAUAUUAAAAGUAGAAUUA